AUGAUAAUUCUUAUUUUUUUAAUUUUUUUUUUGGAAAUAUUAUGUAAAGGAUAUGUUAUAAACAUAAUUAAAGGAAGAGAUCAUAAUUUUUAUAUUCCAAUUAAAAAUUAUGUUGAAAAAAAACAAAAAAUAAUAAUAAAACCUCAUGUAUUUAGAAAUUACAUGAAAAGGUUAAGAAAUGCGACUGUCGAAAUUGAUAUUGAAAAUCGAAAAGAUUUAACAAAAAUCGAAAUUAUAAAAAUGUUUUUAAAAGGAGUAAGAGAAUGUAAAAAUGUCGAAAUUCUAAAAGAAAAAGCUAAAGGUCAUGUACCACCAACAACGAAAAGAAAAUUAAUGAAACAAAAAAGAAUGGUUAAUUUGAGAAACCAUAUAAAAAAUGAUAGAAUUAAAAAACAAGAAUAUGUUAAUCCUAAUCAAAAUAUUUUAAAUUUUCCAAAAAAUCAAAUAAAAAAUAUUAAUGCUGCUCUUUUAUAUUUUAAGCAUUAUUUUGGAAAAUACGAAAAUAACCCCAAUUAA